UUUCCUUCCCUUCUCCAAUUUUAGGUUUGAAGCACACAUGGAGCUUCAUGUGGGAUCUAUUGAUGAAGAAGAUGAUGAGCAAGGCAUUGCACAUAUGAUUGAACAUGUUGCUUUCCUUGGAAGUAAGAAGCGUGAGAAACUUCUUGGGACAGGAGCCCGUUCAAAUGCUUACACGGAUUUUCAUCAUACUGUGUUUCACAUCCAUUCACCAACUUGUACAAAGGACUCGGACGGGGAUCUACUUCCAUCUGUUCUUGAUGCUUUGAAUGAGAUAGCUUUUUACCCAAAAUUCCUUGCUUCUCGAGUUGAGAAAGAGAGAAGAGCGAUAUUAUCAGAACUACAAAUGAUGAAUUCAAUAGAGUACCGUGUCGAUUGCCAGUUGUUGCAACAUCUGCAUUCUGAAAACAAGCUGAGUAAGAGAUUCCCAAUUGGGUUGGAAGAGCAAAUCAAGAAGUGGGAUGUAGACAAAAUCAGGAAAUUCCAUGAGCGUUGGUACUUUCCAGCAAACGCUACCUUAUAUAUUGUGGGUGACAUUGAUAACAUUUCAAAGACAGUUUACCAUAUUGAAGUACGUGUGCAUCUGCUUAUCUUUAUAUUUUAUGCAUUAAAUUGCAUGUCAAUCAGGAAUGUGGAUCGUGAUUUCAUAGUCAACGUUUGAGUUUUAGUUAGUUUUUGUAUUUAAUU